AUAUUGUUUGGUUAUAAUUUUGAUUUUUUGAAAUUCUUUGAGGUUAUAAGUUAUGACAAGUUUAGAUUUGAUUUUAUCACCAUAUGUGUAGCUGAGGCAAUAUUAUACAUUUUGUAGAAAUAUAGUGAGAAUUUUAUGAUAAUGGUAAGCUCAGAUACUAUCAAGCAUUUAAAUCAACAGCACAAAAUACUUGUCAUGAAUUAUUCUCAUUUUCAGACUUCUGUAGAAAGAAAGGGUACAUUUAAAGUAGCUUAUCUCCUUAAAAUUGAAAGAGAAGUCCAGGAGAGAUGGAAAGAAGAAAAGGUAUUUGAAAUUGAUGCACCUGCUGAACCUUCUAAAUCCGAUAAUGAGAAAUUCUUCUGCAAUUUUCCAUACCCCUAUAUGAAUGGACGUUUACAUCUAGGACAUACAUUCAGUCUCUCAAAAUGUGAAUUUGCUGUUAGGUACCAUAGACUCAAAGGAAAAAAUGUUCUUUUCCCUUUUGCAUUUCACUGUACUGGAAUGCCAAUAAAAGCAUGUGCUGAUAAGUUGAGGAGAGAAAUUGAAUUAUAUGGACUGCCACCUCAGUUUCCAGUAACAGAGGAAGUUAUAGUUGAGGAAAAAGAUGGAAUACCAAAAGAUAAAAGUAAAGCAAAAAAGAGUAAAGUAGUUGCCAAAGCUGGGAGUGCAAAAUUCCAAUGGCAGAUCAUGAGAAGUCUAGGAUUAUCUGAUGAAGAAAUACCUAAUUUUGCAGAUGCAUUAUAUUGGCUGGAUUAUUUUCCUCCCAGAGCUGUAGAUGAUCUCAAUAGAUUUGGUCUGCAUACUGACUGGAGAAGAACUUUCAUCACAACCGAAGUAAAUUCUUUCUAUGACUCUUUUAUCAGAUGGCAAUUCCUCCAUCUCAGGAAGAGAAAUAAGAUUCAAUUCGGCAAAAGAUACACAAUAUAUUCUGUCCGUGACGGACAACCCUGUAUGGAUCAUGAUCGUUCCUCAGGAGAAGGGGUUGGACCACAAGAAUAUACGUUAAUUAAAAUGAAAGUUUUGGAACCAUAUCCAUCCAAACUAAGCUCAUUAGCUGAGAGAUCGAUAUUUCUGGUAGCAGCAACUUUGAGACCUGAAACAAUGUAUGGACAAACUAACUGUUGGUUGAGACCCGAUAUGAAGUACAUAGCUUUCGAAACUAAGACCAGCGAAAUCUAUAUUUGCACAGAAAGAGCUGCCAGGAAUAUGGCCUACCAAGGCUUCACAAAAACGGAAGGAAAAUUCGAUAUCAUUUUGGAACUAGUUGGCCAGGAUCUUUUAGGAUGUGGCUUAAGUAGUCCAAUGUCCAAGUAUAGUAAAAUCUACACCUUGCCCAUGCUAACGAUAAAGGAAGACAAAGGAACAGGGGUAGUCACCAGUGUUCCAUCUGACUCACCUGAUGACUAUGCAGCUAUGGUGGAUCUCAAGAAGAAACAAGCAUUCAGAGAAAAAUACGAUAUCACAGAUGAAAUGGUAUUACCCUUUGAACCGGUACCUAUUAUCGAUGUGCCCAGCUUUGGUAACCUUGCGGCAGUGACGGUUUAUGACCAAUUGAAAAUUCAGAGUCAAAAUGAUAAGGAUAAGCUGCUGGAAGCUAAAGAAAUGGUUUAUUUGAAAGGAUUUUAUGAUGGUAUCAUGUUAGUAGGAGAAUUUAAAGGAAAGAAAGUUCAGGAUGUAAAAAAAUCCCUCCAAAAAGCACUGCUCGAAAAAAACGAGGCUGCCAUCUAUUACGAACCCGAAAAAAAAGUCAUGUCUCGUUCUGGCGACGAAUGCGUAGUAGCACUCUGCGACCAAUGGUAUAUCGAUUAUGGAAAGGAAGACUGGAAGAAGCAAGCCUUACAGUCUCUGGAAAAAAUGAACACCUAUCAUGACGAAGUCAGAAAAAACUUCAUGGGCUGUAUUAAGUGGUUACAUGAAUAUGCUUGUUCCAGGACUUACGGUCUCGGAACUAAAUUGCCGUGGGAUGAAAAGUGGUUGAUUGAAUCUCUGUCAGAUUCCACUAUCUAUAUGGCAUAUUAUACUAUUGCUCAUUUGCUACAAGGAAAUACAUUCAGGGGAACUCAACCGAACGCUCUAGACAUAAAAGCCGAACAGCUCACCCCCGAAGUAUGGGACUACGUCUUCUUCAAAGACGCCGAAUACCCGAAGAACUGCACCAUCAAAAAGGAGUCGCUCGACGUGAUGCGACGAGAGUUCCAGUACUGGUACCCCGUGGACGUCAGAGUGUCCGGCAAAGACCUAGUCCAAAACCACCUGACCUACUUCAUCUUCAAUCACUGCGCCAUGUGGCCCGAAGAGGCGGACAAGUGGCCGAGAAGCAUCCGGGCCAACGGACACUUGAUGCUGAAUUCGGCCAAGAUGUCGAAGUCGGACGGCAAUUUUUUGUCGCUCUCGGAGGCCAUCGACAAGUUCAGCGCCGACGGAAUGAGGCUGUCUUUGGCUGACGCCGGGGAUUCUAUCGAGGACGCCAACUUCGUCGAAAGUAUGGCUGACGCUGGGAUUUUGCGGCUGUAUACUUUCAUUGAGUGGGUCAAGGAGGUGGUCGCUAACAAAUCAUCGUUCAGAACUGGUCCAUUCAAUUCCUUCAGCGAUAAAGUAUUCCAGAGUGAAAUAAAUUUGAAGAUCAAGGAAACAGAUGAAUUCUAUAAAAAUAUGUUAUUCAAAGAAGCUCUGAGAGCAGGAUUCUUCGAAAUGCAAGCAAUCAGAGAUACAUAUAGAGAAUUGAGCUUGGAUGGAAUGCAUUUAGAUUUAGUUAUGAGGUAUAUUGAAGUGCAAACGAUAUUAAUUUCACCUAUAUGUCCACAUGUUGCCGAACACGUAUGGGAAUUGAUUGGAAAUAAAUUCACUGUGCUGAAUGCUGCUUGGCCUGUAGUGGGGCCAAUCGAUGAAACUCUAAUCAAGGCAUCAGAAUAUCUUAUGGAAUCAGCACACACUUUCCGGGUGCAUUUGAAAGCGUACAUGCAAGGCGUGAAAACGAAAGCCAAUCCGAAUCCACCGCCGGUGGAAAAACCUAAUGUCAUGAGUAUUUGGGUCGCCAAGACGUUCCCCUCUUGGCAAAGUUGCAUUUUGACUACUUUGAAAACACACUUUGAGAAAAAUGGAAGUUUACCUGACAACAAAACCUUAUCUGCUGAUUUUUCUAAAAUGAGCGAAUUGAAGAAAUACAUGAAGCGAGUCAUGCCAUUUGUUCAAACAACCAGAGAGAAGUUGCAGCAACUAGGUGUCAAAGCACUAGCUUUGACUCUCGAGUUCGAAGAAGCAGAAGUAUUGAGAAAAAAUAGCCCCUACUUAUCGAAUUCCCUCGAUAUCGAGGAUAUCGUCAUCAAAUUCACCGAUGAUCCUGAGGCGAGUGAGAAAAUGAAAGAAUGUAGUCCGGGAGCUCCAUUCGUGCUAUUCGCGACCAAGCCUGGUAUCAAAGUCGAUUUUGUUAACCCAGAAACACAAAAUGGGUUGCUCUCGAAGAUUGUGACAAUAAGUGACGGAGACUCUUAUACUAAGAUUGUGCAAAAGAUAGCGAAGGAUUCUAAAUUAAUAAAAAAACCUGAAUCAAUCCAACUUUGGCGGUUUGAGGAUCCGUUGUUAGGGCCAAGAAAAAUACCUGUUUUCAAUGAGCCAACCAAGAAUAAAGUAGUUAUUCCACCAGACAGUAUAUUCCGAGUUGACGUAGAACAAGCAAAGGUGAAGUUGUCAACUGGUAAUCAAUUGGUAGAUAUUGGAAGAGAAGUUACAUAUUUGGUUACAUGAGAAUUUGUUAUUUAUUUCGAAUUUCCGAUAAUAAUAUCGAGUAUGAUGUGAUACUGUGUUUUAUUUGUGUGUUUUACACACAAACAGUAUCAAUGGUAGGUAAUCUAGAUAGCUCGAAGCAGAUGGCACUGAUG